AUGGAGAAUCAUGAAUACAAUUCAAAUGUUGUUGCAACUAACAAUUCGGUGGACAUGGAUGAAUUUUAUAUGCAAAAUGAUCAGUCCAAUAACAAUUAUAUGCGAUCGUUGUCUCCAUGUAAUCAAAAUUGUGAAAACGAUUGUGUGAACUUUACAAGUGAUGAUUAUUGGGAUGGGGUAGAAGUAGUGCAUGGAAAUGACAUAGAUGAUUCUCAUGUGAUAAAUGAAGACAAUGUUACUCAUAAUACACCUUUUACAUUGGUAGAUGAGAUCAUUGGCAUUUCCCAAGUUGUUGCCUAUCCGAAUCCUUGUGGAACAUCAGUUAAGAUUCCUGACGUCGAUGAUGUGCACGUUGGCCAAAUUUUUCGCAACAAGAAGGAUCUUCAGGCAUCACUACAAAUGCUUGCUGUAAGAAACUCUUUCGAAUUUAAGGUCACUAAGUCAAAUAAGAGUACAUAUGUAGUAGUAUGUGUUGAGGAAAUUUGCAAAUGGCGUUUGCGGGCAACACGAUUGAAGGAAAGUGACGAAUUUGAAAUUCGAAAGUAUUCACGUUAUCAUAAUUGUUCAUUGGAUGUUCGCCACAAAGAUCAUAGACAAGCUAGUUGUUGGAUGAUAGGAAAACAUAUCAUGUCGAAGUUUGAGGAUCCCAACAUUAUAUAUAGACCUUCGAACAUUCAAAAUGAUAUUCGUCGGGAGUUUGGCAUAGAUAUAAAUUAUUAUAAGGCAUGGAUGGCUAGAGAAUGUGCUAUAGAGCUAUUAAGAGGCUCACCUGAUCUUAGUUAUGAUAGAUUGGCCAAGUAUUGCAAUAUUCUGAAGAAGAAUAAUCCCGGUACAAUGACGUUCAUUGAGGUUGAUAAUGAGAAUCGAUUCAAAUACUUUUUUAUGGCUUUAGGACCAAGCAUACGUGGUUUUCACUCAUCAAUGAGACAUGUCAUUUCUGUGGACGGAACAUUUAUGAAAUCAAAAUUUCGAGGUACGUUACUUGUUGCCACGUGUCAAGAUGCAAAUCUUCAGAUAUAUCCUCUUGCAUUUGGCAUUGUUGAUUCUGAAAAUGAUGCAUCAUGGACUUGGUUCUUCGAUAAGUUGUUUCAUGUAACGGGUAUGUUGGAAGGGCUUGUUUUCAUUUCUGAUCGCAAGGAGAGCAUUGGUAACGCUAUAUAG